CUGGAUGGAGCACAGGGAAUUAAGUGUUUGGAACUAAGCAAGAGAAGGGGGGCAGAGCCCAGUUAUAUACCAAGGUAAAAAUUCUUUGGAUUUCCUCCUGUAGGUAAAAGGGCCUUGAAGAAUACAAGAAAUCAAUGGCAUGAUUAGAGUUAUGAUUCAGAUAGCCCAUUCUGGCAGCCGGUGUGAAGGAAGGCUUGGAGUCAGGGAGGAUUAGGAAAAGAUGGAAGCCCAAACUUCCAUCAGGAGGCUGUUGCAGGGACCCAGAUGAAGGAGGAUGGAGUCAUCAGGGUAGGAGUAAAGGAAAGAAGUGAGCUGAGGGGGUGGGACAGUAGAGAGAGGGGCCUUGGGUCAACACCUAGUUUCUGGCUUUGGUGACUGGUUGGAGGGGUCAGUCACUGAGAUAAAGAAUAAGGAAGACUAGAUUUAGAGGACAGUAGAGUAACAACUGGGGCACGGGAGAGAACAUUUUAACACCAGUAGGGCAUUCCUUUCUCCAAAGGAGAAAAGAUGUCAGUAACUUUAUAGCUAGUUUCCCUAACUGUUCUCUCUUAAAUCUACCUUGUUCUGCAGCCUAUUUCCUUCAAAUACCCAGAUUCAUACAUGUACAUUUCCUGUUUUAGAACACGGUAGCUUCAACUAGUUACUGCAGGGCAUUUGUUCAUUUAUGAAUUACACUUCAUUAAAAACAAAAUUUGUACCAACGACUUGCAAGGCAGUAUGACCCAGGAAAGGUAAGUGAAUAAAAGAUAACUAGCCUUAACCUCAUAGAACUUACAUUCUAGUAGGAGCCAAAAAAAGACAUGGUUUAACCAACUCCUUACAACCCAUAUAGUAUAUGGCAAAUAACGGGGAGAGGGGGUUGAAAUUCAUAAUUAGGUUUUAGCAGAUCUGUGAAUUCCCUGAAAUCCACCCGUAAAAUUCUGUCUACACCUGUAUACAUUUGGUGGGGGUAGGGAAGGGACUUACAUUCUCAAAGGGAUCUGGGGGUCCUAAAAGGUUAAAAACCACUCUACCCUUCCACUCCAUUUGGACACCAGUGAAUAUACACAAAUUUCUUCCACACGAGAAGGCAGAGACCAAGGGGAAUGCCAGCACCACUGUUCAGUCUGUUCAGUCCACUCAGAACAACCCUACCUCUACUCAGGUAUUAAUGUUAUUAUUAUUAUCAAUUAUUAAUUAUUCUUCUGACGUGAGAAAAGGCAACACGGUUAUUAAUAGAACAACCCAGUGUUUGAAAAAAGAUGGAGAUCUUCUGUUCCUCAGUCACUGCGGAUUUCCAAGCACGUGCCCCGGUUCAGAGCGCCCGAGUAGCAGCACACCGCCUGGCUGACAUCAUCCAGCCCCCACGGAAGGGACUGCUCCGACCUCCGCCUUUUAGAUUUGGCCGAAAGAAGUCCGCGAACGCGCUGGGAAUCCAGGCCAGAUUUUCACACAUGAAGGCGGAAGUAACAGCGAGCCGGAAGUUCCAAAGCCCACACAGAGAAGGUGGGGGGUGGGGGUGGAGGAAGACUCGGUAGGGAUGGCGGCUCAAAUUCCAAUUGUGGCCACCACUUCCACUCCGGGGAUAGCCCGGAACAGCAAGAAGAGGCCAGCUAGUCCUUCCCACAACGGCAGCAGCGCUGGGGGUUACAGCGCCAGUAAGAAGAAAAAAGUGGCUGGCGCCAGCUUUACGCAGGGUAUCAGCAUGGAAGCCAUGAGUGAGAAUAAAAUGGUGCCCUCUGAUUAUAGUACAGGACCUAUGGAAAAAGCUGCCAAGCCAUUGCCAUUUAAGGAUCCAAACUUUGUGCACUCUGGCCACGGUGGCGCGGUAGCUGGCAAGAAGAACAGAACCUGGAAGAACCUGAAACAGAUCCUCGCUUCGGAAAGGGCAUUGCCGUGGCAACUGAACGACCCUAACUACUUCAGUAUUGAUGCUCCUCCAUCCUUCAAACCAGCUAAGAAGUAUUCUGAUGUUUCAGGUCUUCUUGCCAACUACACUGACCCCCAGAGCAAGCUGCGGUUCAGCACCAUUGAAGAGUUUUCCUAUAUCCGGAGGCUGCCAUCUGAUGUCGUCACUGGCUACCUGGCCCUGAGGAAGGCUACGAGCAUCGUUCCCUGAGCCUUGAGAAAUGGAGAUGAUGUGGAAAGCUGUUUCAAAGGCAAACUCUGGACUCAUGAUUUUGUUUCAUGAAAACAAACUCAUUGUGCUUGUCAAUCUGGAAAUGUCAGUGCUGUGCCUUGGAAAGAAUGUUUGGCUUUAAUUUAAGGUUUUUUGGGUUUUUUUUUUGUUUUGUUUUGUUUUUUUGUUUUUUUUUUUGUUUUUUUUUUUUUGUUUUCUGUUUUCCCUCCAAGUGGGAUGUUUCCUGUUGAAUUAAAUUAUACUUCAGUUGUUGCCUCAAGUCAACUUGUUUGACGAGAAAAUAUAAAAUUGUGCUUUUAACUUAACCCAUGUACAUCCCUGGAUUUUGCUUCAACGUUGUAAACUGUCUUAUAACACAUUUAAAGCUCUACAAUGAAUCCUG